GUAGUCACCAUCGCUCCUCCAUCGAUGAAGACAUUCCUCUCAACUUUUCUCGCCCUUGUCGCAAUCGCAAUCGCAACCAUCUACAACAACGAAUACAUGCUUUCGCGCUUCUCGCAGCUUUCUAAGCAAAUCAAGCCAGCUACAAAGAGCUUCUUCUCCACCAACUCCUCGCGCACAAUGUCCAACCCUGCGACGACGACUUUCAGGGGCUUGCCCGUCAUACCCGACGAGCCCUUGACCACGACUGCGCCCAGGAAGAUCCAGAAAUCGUUCCUUGCCGUCGAACAGUCUGAAGGCGCUGGCGCGAGGGUGCGAAGAUCUAUCGGAACCCCUCAGCUGCGCAACUUUUCGCCUUUCUUGAUGCUGGAUCACUUCGCCAUUCCUCCGGGCGCUGGCUUCCCUGACCACCCUCACAGGGGUCAAGAAACAAUCACCUACCUCCUUUCCGGCGCCGUCGACCACGAAGACUUUGCAGGCAACAAAGGCACAAUCGAGCAGGGCGACCUGCAAUUCAUGACGGCCGGCCGCGGCAUCGUACACGCUGAAAUGCCCCAGCAGAACGCCGAUGGGACUCCCAAUGUCGGCAUGCAGCUCUGGGUUGACCUCCCUGCCCAGCUCAAAUCCUGCGAGCCGCGCUACCGCGACCUGCGCUCAAAGGAGAUCCCGACCGCCACGUCAGACGACGGCAAAGUCAGUGUCAAGGUUAUCUCUGGACGCGCAUUUGGCACAGACUCGUUGAAGGAGCUGGCAUACACACCGGUAUGGUUGUUGGACUUCACAGUUCAACCUGGCGGCAGUGUCAAGCAGGCGCUACCCAAGGGUUGGAACGCGUUUGCGUACACACUGAACGGUACAACAAUCUUCUCGUCAGACGGCGUGUCGCGCCCUAUCGAGCAGUACCACAACGUCGUCUUCGCAAAAGACGGUGAUAGUAUUGAGGCUACUGUCGAGGAGGGUGCAGAGAAGGAGUCGCGGUUCAUCCUGGUUGCUGGCAUGCCUCUGGACCAGCCAAUCGUGCAAUACGGCCCCUUUGUAGUGACGAGCCGCGAUGAGGUUAUGCAGGCUAUGCAAGAUUAUCAUUCUCAUUCGAAUGGGUUUGAGAGGGCGGCAAACUGGGAGAGUGAGAUUGGAAAGAGUAUGGUUCAUUAA